AUGGCUCCCGCCGCCGUUAUCGUGGUCCCCGUCGACAAGAACUGGGAGUUCAAGCAGCUCGACAAGGAAGACGCCGAGUUCCUCCCCGUUUCCCAGUUCCCGACCAACGUCCACCUCGACCUCAUCCACCACAAGAUCAUCCCCGACCCCUUCAUUGGCAAGAACGAGCUCGAUGUGCAGUGGGUGGGCGAGGCGCAAUGGGUCUACAAGACUACGUUCAAGGGACAGCCCGUCCCAGAGGGGGCCAAGGCUGUGUUGGCCUUCGACGGGUUGGACACCUUUGCGACUGUAAAGGUGAACGGGACCACGAUCUUGGAGACAGAUAAUAUGUUCAACCCUGAGAGGGUGGAGGUGACAGGGCUGUUGAAGGAGGAGAACGAGCUUGUUAUCAGCUUUGACAGUGCCUAUCUCAGGGGCUGGAAGCUGGUUGAGAAGUAUCCUGAGCACAAGUGGGGUGUGUGGAAUGGUGAUAAUUCGAGAUUGGCUGUGAGGAAGGCGCAGUAUCACUGGGGAUGGGACUGGGGCCCGGCGCUCCUGACUUGCGGACCAUGGCGGCCAAUCAACCUCGAAAUCUACGAAACGAGACUUGCAGACCUCAGCUUUGACAGCACCAUCUCCGAGAAUCUUAAGUCAGCCGGCAUCAAGGCCACAGCUGAAGUUGAGGGGCCAGGUGGAAAGGUCAAAUUUGAGCUCUCGCUCGAUGGUGAACAAGUGGCGGCCCAAACCGCAGACGCCAAUGGCUCCGGCAGCGUCACAGUUUCCUUCCAUCUCGACAAUCCUUCGCUUUGGUAUCCCUUCCGCUAUGGAGAGCAGCCCCUUUACACACUCACGGCCACUAUCCUGAGUGGCGAUGAUGAGAUUUCCAGCAUCAGCAAACGGAUCGGUCUUCGCCGGGCCGAGCUCGUUCAGCAACCACUCCUUGACCAGCCCGGAACCUCCUUCUUCUUCCGCGUCAACAACAUUCCCAUCUACUGCGGUGGCUCGGACUGGAUCCCCGCCGACAACUUUAUCCCCCGUAUCACAGCCCAAAAAUACUACGAAUGGAUUUCUCUUAUCCGUGAUGGCAACCAGUUCAUGGUCCGUGUUUGGGGCGGCGGCAUCUACGAGGAACAGGCCUUCUAUGAUGCAUGCGACGAGCUCGGCGUUCUCGUGUGGCAAGACUUCAUGUUCGGCUGUGGCAACUACCCUGCCUGGCCUGAGCUGAGGAAGUCUAUUGACCGGGAGGCCCGUGAGAACGUCAAGCUCCUCAGACACCACCCUUCUAUCGUCAUCUGGGCCGGCAACAAUGAGGACUACCAGUACCAGGAGUCUGCUGGGUUGACCUACGAUUUUGAGAACAAGGACGCCGAAUCUUGGCUUCAGACCGACUUCCCAGCGAGAUACAUCUAUGAGAAGAUUCUUAGUGAUGCCUGCGCGGAACUCAUUCCAAGCACUUUCUACCAUCCUGGCAGUCCGUGGGGUGCGGGAAGGGAUACACACGAUGCCACGGUGGGCGAUAUCCACCAGUGGAACGUCUGGCAUGGUACCCAGGAGAAGUGGCAGGAUUUUGACAAGCUCUCUGGAAGAUUCGUCAGCGAGUUUGGCAUGCAGGCUUUCCCGGACGUCAAGACCAUCGACGCGUAUCUGCCUCUCGGCAAAGACGACCCGGACCGAUACCCCCAAUCUUCCACUGUCGACUUCCACAACAAGGCCGACGGUCACGAGAGGAGAAUCGCUCUGUAUCUGGUGGAGAACAUGAGAUAUGCCCCUGACCCCUUGGAACAGUUUGUCUACUCUACCCAGUUGAUGCAGGCAGAGUGUCUUGCCAGCGCGUACAGACUCUGGAAGAGGCAGUGGAAGGGUCCAGGGAGGGAGUACAACGCGGGUGCUUUGGUGUGGCAGAUCAAUGACUGCUGGCCGGUGACGAGUUGGUCGAUUGUGGACUUUUAUCUCCGGCCAAAACACGCUUUUUACACGGUCAAGCGGGAGAUGGCGCCCGUUUCGGCGGGGAUCACGCGCAAGAUUCACAAGCACCCCAGGGAUAAGUACACGCGGGUGUAUAUCGACACUGAGACGAAGAUUGAAGUCUGGGGGAGCAACCUUACCCUUGAGGAUUUGACUGUUGAUGUGGUGCUCAAGGCUUGGGAUGUUACUACUGGGGAGUUGACGCUUGAAAAGAAGAUUGCCGAGGGGUUGGUCCUGCCAGAGAAUAGAUCGACGGAAGUGGGCGCGUUGGAUGUUCCGGUGAGGGAGAAGGGCAAGGGAGAGGAGAACAAGAUUGUCGUGACGGCGUAUAUUGUUCAGAAUGGCAAGCAAAUCGCGCGGUAUGUCAACUGGCCGGAGCCGCUCAAGUAUGUGCACCUCCAGAAGCCGAAGGAGCUCAAGGUGGUGCUCAAUGAUGAUGCCACGGCUGUGGACAUCAGCGCUGAGGUCCCCGUCAAGGGUGUCGCGCUGGAGUGCGAGGAUGAUGCGGUCAAGUUUGAUGAUAAUUUGGUGGAUAUUGUUCCUGGGGAGGUGGUUUCUAUUGCUGUCAAGGGGGCGACGAAGGAGACCAAGAUUUCGACGAGGUAUUUGGGCAUGAUCUAG